CCAUGCUUAACACUUUAACCAGCAACUAGUGACUGAUCAUGUUGAAAAUCGUUGUAAUAUUAUCUUGAUGAUUGUUUGUCAUAAGUGCACACGCACAUCAGAAUAUCAGCUACCGAACAUCUCCUGUCUUAAAUCAUCAAUGUCGAAACACGUGCAUUAAUGAAAUUUUUGAGAAUUUACCAUGGAUACGAACGAUGCAGACGAGAAAGUUAUCAUGACAGGCGGUUCUUUUGCAAAUGAAGACACAUCUUUAGUGGUAUCAACACAACCAAAAACUAUUUCCAGAAGGGAGAGUGAAGCCCGGAAUAAAUCGGCUUUCAAUGGACCAUUUGAUGACGCUCAUUGUGAAAGAAAUUGGUCGUCUGGAAUAUGUGCUUGCGGUAAAGACGAAAAAAGAAGCGGUUGUUGUUAUUUAUGUUGCUGGCCUUAUUUUAAAUACAUGAUUGCAACAAGAUUAGGAGAAACACCAUUUAUGGCUUUAAUUCCAUGUGCAGCAUUUGCUUUAAGAAUCAAAGUUAGAACUUUGUUUGGAAUCAAGGGUUCCCUUGUAAGUGAUUUUUGGACCACGUGCUGUUGUGAACCAUGUGCGGUGUGUCAGAUGACAAAGGAACUUGAUAGUAUUGGCAUGUAAAAUGUCUCCGUCGACAGAACACGAGGAUUUUGUCUCUAUCUAUGAUUAGUGUCUUUUAGUUUAAGGGUCUCUAUUGUUAGUGCCUAUCUGUUAAAGGGUCUCUAUAAUGAAUAUCUCCAUUAGUUCAGGGGUAUCUAUGAUGAAAGUAUUUCAGUUCGAAGGAGUAAUCAAGUGUUCAAAGUCGGAUAUUGUAAACUAUACUUAGACUUGUACAAUGCUUAAGUUAUCAAUUUAUUCAAUUUUAUCCAUAUUUUCUUUUAUACGGAAACGAGGCAAAUAAAUAUAAGGCACUUUGCAUUACACUUAUUCAAAAACAUUUGAAAAUUAUUUUAAAAGAGUAUGCAUGAUGAUGUCCACAUUUGCCGUGUGACAAAUUCAAACGUAUACAAUUGUUUAAAGUAACUGUCAUUUCUUGAUGUUUUGUCGGAUUUUCUUAAGCUACACAACAACAUUCUCAAGCAAUAUACAUUUUGAUAGAACAACAUCGUUUUUUCGAAACCUGUUCACCUGACGAAAAAAAGUGCCUUAAAGUUUGUCCGUGAUGGGUGGAAAUCACACACACAAUUUGAAACAAGUCACAAACCCAAUGAAAAACUUACUAGUCGUUCUGUUUCUAACUUUGACUUCAUGAAUAUCCUCAUUGUAGUUUUAAAAAUACAAUCGACAGCCUUGGAUUUCGAAGUCAAUAUAUUUAAAGAAUCGUUUAUCUAGAGUUCCAACUACGAUUUGGCAUUGCACAACAUUGAGUAGAUGAAAAUUUUUUAUCAAACAGAUAAAAAUAUGGUUAAAUUUAGAUAGAACGUUUCAUAGAAAGACAAAUAUAACAGUAUCAUAGGUUGUUCAUAGUAUUCAUAUCAAUUUGUACAUGUAUUGUAAAAAUGAUUUUUAAGAAAUCUUUUAUUGUAUAUAGUGUUAAUAAAAAUUUCUACUCUU